AUGAGUAUUACACUGGAGGAGCACUUUCUCUCUCGGGCAGCACACUCGUCAGAAUUAGCUAAAGACGACCCGAUCCAUGGAUUCCCUACUGGUAUCAUCAACAAGCUCGUCGACAUCGAUAAUGAGCGAAUAAGGAGCAUGGAUGAGAACAAUGUAGCCAUUCAAGUCCUCUCUCACACUCCAACAAACUUCCUCACAGCUGCGACAAUAAUAGCUUUAAAUGAUGAGCUCGCUACAGCUAUCCAAUCGAACAAGUGUCGCUUCGCUGGCUUUGCGUGUCUCUCGAUGGAUGAUCCCGUGGCAGCAACUAAUGAGCUUGAAAGAUGUAUCAAGCAGCAUGGUUUCGUCGGUGCGCUGAUCGACAACCACUCCAACGGCAACUUUUACGACGGUCGCGAGUAUGAUAUACUCUGGGCAAAGGCUGUGGAGCUCGAUGUGCCGAUCUAUAUACAUCCCGCGUGGCCGAGCCAAAAAUUAAAGGAGGCUUUGUACUCAGGCGGCAAUUUGCAGUCGGACAGCAACUCAGCGACUGCCCUCGGCGCUUUUGCUUUCGGAUGGCAUGCCAGUACUGCGAACACGAUUCUCCGUCUCAUGGCCAGUAACACUUUUGACCGGCAUCCGAACCUCAAAAUUAUCAUUGGUCAUUCGGGCGAGCUCAUACCGUAUAUGUUUGACCGUAUCAACAAGGCCACUGCAUUCUUCGGCAUGAAGCGUGGGUUUGUCGAGGUGAUGCAUAAUAACAUCUGGAUUACUACUUCGGGCAUGUUUGACGUGCAUUCAUUGCGUUGUCUGUUGGGAAACAUGCCUCUGAGUCAAGUCAUGUUCAGUGUUGAUUAUCCCUUCAGCGAUAAUAAGCUUGGAAAAGAGUAUUUAGAGACGAUCCGAAAUGAAGAGAUUCUUGAUGAGGAUGAGAUUGAGGCUUUUGCUUCUGGCAACGCUAGGAGGUUAUUGUUUCAUCAAGGCCCUGUCAAAGCGCUCAAUCCAACGAAGCGAUAUCUAAUCGCCGACAAGAAGACACCCAAUGCUGAGUCUGACGCUGGAAAGGAAUCGCGACCGAGUGCUGAGAGCCCCGGGGUCGCGUAUGUCUGGAGGAGUCGCGAUAACAGAAAAGGACGACAUGCGCUAGCCAUCAGUGUUGAUCCUCACAAGCAUGAAGCAACGAAAGGACCAAGGCCAUCGAAUUCGUAUCAUCAGACUCUCCGCGGUAUCUUGAAGAUGUUUGUCAGAUACCCUGUUUGGGAUGUCUCGUACGACGUCGCAGUCGUCUUCACAAUAGGGUCGAUUAUUUGGGUCAUUAAUGGCUAUUACUCAUUCCUCCCUGUUCUCUACCCUUCAACCAAGGUAUCUGAUUGGGCCGGUGGAUUGACAGCUUUCAUCGGCGCUACGGUCUUUGAGUUUGGCUCAUUCCUACUCAUGCUUGAAGCCGUCAAUGAGAAUCGAUCGGAUUGCUUUGGUUGGGCGGUUGAGGAGAGUGUAGACGGAAUGCUUCAUCUCACUCACGCGCAUAACUGCAAGCAUGCACAUGCGCAGAAGGGGACCCUUGUAAAGCAAAGCUCUAGAUCCUUGGGGAACAACGUAGCAGAUUCAUCAGGGAAAGACCGCAUGUGGUCUUGGUGGCCGACGUGGUAUGAACUCCGAACGCAUUAUUUCUUCGACAUUGGCUUCUUGGCCUGUUCGUCACAAACAUUCGGCGCCACCGUUUUCUGGAUAUCAGGCUUUACGGCCUUGCCGCCUAUACUCAACGGUCUCUCUACACCAGCUGAAAACGGCGUGUACUGGCUCCCUCAAGUAAUUGGAGGAACAGGCUUCAUCGUCUCAAGUCUCCUGUUCAUGGUCGAAGUGCAGCCUCGGUGGUACAUGCCAGCGCCGGGGGUUCUAGGAUGGCAUAUCGGACUAUGGAACUUGAUUGGUGCUAUUGGCUUUACUCUCUGUGGUGCGCUGGGCUUUGGCAUUACGCAUCCGGGUGUUGAGUACGCACUCACGCUCUCGACAUUCAUAGGUUCAUGGGCAUUUCUGUUUGCAUCUCCCCUUGAUCUCAUCAUCAUCAGUUCAGCAGAAAUGUCCGACACCGACACUUACUGCGCUAUCUGCGGCGUACCCGCACAUGAUAUCGACAUUGAAUCUUACGAUGAGAGCAAGGUGUCUGACAACAGUCUAGAAUGGCUGGAAGAAGUCAAUAUCCUGGGUCGACCCAACAAGCGAGCUUCACCGCCACGUCCUGUCACCUUCACUGGACCUGGCGACUAUAGCCACUACAAUUGGUAUAUUCUCAGGUCACAAUCACAGAACAAUCCUCUGUACGACCGUCACAUGCACGGCGAAGUUCGAGUUUAUGAUUGGGCUGAGCAUCAUGAUGUCUUGAUCCCAUUCCACAUGCACUGCUAUGAGAUCCUAAAGAAAGUCGCAGCGCCGCAUGACAUCGAGCCUGAUGUCAUUUACGAGACUUCCAGACCACAUUGCGCUGCCCCGGAUGCUUUGGGUCUCGAUUUUGAUUACGGAGAUGCAAAGGCGUGCCAGGGUCAGACGUGGGAGGAGAUCGACGGGACCGAGUAUGUUCUCGCGUCUCCGACCAAGAUCCCGCGCGUCAAGGACUUCUUCAAGAGGAUCCUGGCAGAAUCACAGCUUGAAGAGCCCGCUGUGUCUGGAAGUACAUAUGCUCAAGGCGAUGGAGCGAGCAAGGAUGCGCUCGAAUCACUCCCGGGCGAACUCAUGUCCAGCGUGCUACAGUGUCUGGACUUUGAGAGCCUCUGCUCGAUCCGUCUCGCUUCACGGAAUGCAGUGAAGGAGACAACCUCGAACGCCUUUUGGAAGAACAGAGUCAUCUCUGAGAUGCCAUGGAUCGUUGACUUUUUCCCCGGAAAGAGAGACACCGAGGACCCUCAGAUCGACUGGUUCAAGGUAUACAAAGCUCUAAGGUCAAUCAGCCAAGGCCAAGAUCAACGUCAGCCUUUCACCACUGGUGGUCUCCGAAACCGUUCCAGAAAGCAAGAGAAGAAGAACUGGCCAACAGAACAGUGGUUCUUGAAAAAGCAGGACAUCCUGAAGUACCCUUACAACAAAAACCUCGUUUGGUCGAAAGCCAGUCUUACAGAGACCUUUCUUGACAUGACCAGCGCUGAGCAUGUCAUCGAGGUCUUUUGGACAGCGGAUGGCGAGUUCGCCGGCAUUGGUUGUUCUACCAAUGCCGAGGGGAAGAUGAGAACGGUUGGAUCAAAGAAUAUCUUUGCCACGAGCGACAAAGUGCCUAUCGGGAAAGAUGAUUGGAUCACUGAGCUGAUCAUCACAAGCCAAGAUGAACUUGAUGGAAUUAGCGAUCUCAACAGCCUUGACAAUGCUAGUCUCAACGCCGUCGUGGGCAAGGUCGUUGGCCUACAGUUCAUCUUCUCCAAGGGCGAUCCAGUCCAAGUCGCUGGUUGGGUUGUCGGGGAGCCUAUAAGCAAGCUCUGCCUGCUCUUCCAACCUUUCAAGAAGGCCCUCCAGGAGUGCCUCUCCCGGCUGAAGCCUCGAGAGUAUUUGGAUGAGUCUGGCAAUCCAGUUCCGUUCAAUGAUCCAGAGGCUUCGGUUCACUUGUGGAAGAAUGACCUGCCCCCGAGAGAACUCCAGGUUCUACCUGCGCGCCAUGGUAUGAUAAACUCCGAUAUUACCAGAGGCGACCGCAUCAUGGAAUCACUCAUCUUUGGUACUACGAAGGACGACUUGAGCAAGAUCACCGCCGUUGGGGUUGAUGCUCAGUUCCGAGGGUUCGAAGUCUGUUUCAGCAAUGGAGAAUCUCGCACCAUCGGCCAUACAAACGCGAUGCAGUCCUUCCCCAUCGACAGUGCUGGUGGAGAGAGGAUUCUCUAUCAAGCCCCAGGCCAUCGCCGUGAUGUUCUCAUGGGCAUUUAUUGCCACUGGGGAAACAGGCAUACUCUCGGUACUGACUUUAUCUUUAUUGGUGGGUUUUCUCGCAAGUUCGAUCGUCUUGUUGAUAAGACACCGUUACGUGCCAUGGAUGCGCAUGAGCAACACUUCUGGACCCCAGAUGCCCCGCCGCAAGGAGUGUUGGCAGUUGGCAAUAUCUAUGGCUAUCGGGAGUUUCGACUACCGCCUUCCAACGUUGUUCACAAGGUGCCGAGCGAAGACGCUGUUGUUUCAUGGUUCGACUGCAGCAGGCCCAUCGCAUCGAUCAAAGUGGCGUUCUGCCAUAGUUCAGACAAUAACCAAAUCCCUCUGGUAGCAAUCACCUUCAGAUACGCCGACGACCAGACCACGAAAUCCAUCGGCCCAACCAAGUUCACUGCACCAAAGGAUAACAGAAACCACGGUGGGCACUACUGGUGCUGGUGCGCAGACGUACAACGCGAGCAACCAGAACUAGAGGAGAAGCCUCACUACACCGAAGAUGAGUGGGAUGUCCAGGGGUCGCAUCUCAAGUUUCUUCAGCUGUGGAUCGAUGAGCAGCUGACACUGUCAGGGCUGCAGUUCAUUGCAAAGGAUGGGAGGGAGAGUCCGGCUUGGGGAUCUUGUGUAGGUGAGAAGCCGGUUAGGUUGCCUUUGCAAGCGCAGAAGAAGAACCGCGCCGCGGGGCUAAAGUUCUUCGUUGACGAGAUGGGACGUGGUGUCACUCGUGAUGAUUUUGUGGUGGUGGGUGUUCAACUGAUUGGAUUCAGCAAAGAAUAG